GUAAAAGUGCGAAAAACAAGACUGAUGAUGUCCCCAGUGCUGUGCAUGUCCUUCUUGGCCCUAGUCCUAUCAGGAGGAGCCUGGGCGUUUCCUCCCAUUGGGGACGGAGCCUCCACCCAUGUCAGCAUCACAGAAAAAGCCGUGCUACAGAAGGUCACAGAGGUGUGCCGAGCCAUCGCCGAGAAAGAGGGACGAGACUUCACCCCCACGGGUAACUCUGCUGAGGAGCUGGUCCAGGCCUGCCUGGGACCCAAAGCAACAGGUGAAGUGUCAGCAGCUAAGUUCAAAUCUGCCCUGAAUGAGAUCUACAUACAGAACGGACAGGUGGACAGAGACUUUGUCAACAGCCCAGCCCAUCAUUUUAACUCUGAGGCGUUUGCUCUGGGCCGGCGCCUUAUAACUGAUGGGGUGGCCAGCAUCAAGGCCAACGUACAAAAGGAGAACUUCCUGGCUGCCAGAGAGACACUGGGGAGAGUACUACACACACUACAGGACUUCUACAGCCACAGUAACUGGGUGGAUCUGGGAUACACUGAACCCUACGCCAACCUGAUCCGCCCCGAUCUCCCACUGGAAAACCUGGCAGAUGUUAAAACCCCGACCUGCAGUGACUGUUCCAAUGGAGGGUUCUGUUCCAACUCCAUCCUGCCUAACAUCCUUAAUGAGAAGAAACUCACCUCUGGGUACAUGGGGAUCUUGUCCUCAGCUAAGCCUAAAGGUAAGUGUAGUCAUGGAGGUGCAGCUGACCUAACCAGCUCCAAGGCUCCUCGCGGGGGCAUCAGCAAGGAUGAGCGUCGCUCUGACAACGUGGCCCUGCACACCGCUGCUGUCACCGUGGCAACAACCGCAACCCUCCAGCUGCUGGAUGACAUCCGGGGCGCCGCCGGUGACAACAACUACCUACGCUUCAUGGGCAUAGCGCGUUCGUCAGUGGUUGUUUUUGUGAUCGACACCACGGGGAGCAUGAGUAAUGACAUCCUUGAAGCCAAGAGAGUCGUCUAUGAGAUCAUCGACAGCAAGAAGGGAACACAGGAUGAGCCAUCCCAGUACAUCCUGGUCCCGUUCAACGAUCCAGAGUUUGGACCCCUGAUAAAAACGACAAACCCUAAUGUUAUGAAAGCAGAGAUCGCUAACCUCACGGCUGAAGGAGGUGGAGACCUCCCUGAGAUGUGCCUAUCAGGGCUCCAGUUGGCGCUGACCGGUGCUCCUGCGUCGUCCAACAUCUAUGUUUUCACAGAUGCCGUUGCCAAGGACAUUGAAUUAAAGGAAACGAUCGUGGCCCUGAUCAGGAGCACCAAGUCAACCGUGUCUUUCUUCAUGACUGGUGAUGGUGCUGGUGCUAGAAGGAGGAGGCGUGGAGUAGAGUCCAGCGAAGCUACAUUCGAGACCUACAAGGACCUGGCGCUGGCGUCUGGUGGUCAGGCCAUUGGAGUCACCAAGGAAAAUCUGCCCCGGGCCACUGACAUCAUCAUCGACUCCUCCACCUCCGCUCUGGUGACAGUCCUACAGCGAGCGAGGAACCCAGGCAGAGCUGAGACAUUCUCCUUCCUGCUGGACGAGUCUCUGAACAACAUCACCAUCUACAUCACUGGAAAGUCCCUCACCUUCACCCUGAAGAACCCUGCAGGUGUGACCCAGAAACAGAAUGAGGCCAACGGGGAACUGGGGACUGUCCAGACGGUGGGCAACCUCUUCCGGGUCCGUCUGGCCUCCAACAAACAGACAGGAUUAUGGGAAAUCAGCAUGAACUCCAACCAGCCCUACACACUGAAGGUCACUGGUCAGAGUACCAUUGCCUUCAUUUAUGACUUUGUGGAGACUUUCGAGGGACCUCACCCAGGAUACGCCCUCAUCUCUGGCCGUCCACAAGCAGGCAUGCCUGCCAUGUUGUUGGUAUCGGUGUUGGGCAGAAAGGGCCCAGCCUCUGUCAAGGUGACCAACGUUGCCUUGGUGACAGUGUCAGGGUCAGAGGUCGUAGGCGGGGCCCUGGAAGACAUGGGCAACGGGAAGUUCCUAGUUACGGUAACCAAGGUCCCUGCGGGGGAGUUUGUGGUGCUGCUGAACGGGACAGACGUGGUCUCCUCCACCGUGUUCCAGAGACAGUCCACCACUCAGAUGUCUGUCUCCAAGGUUACCAUCAAGGCCGUGGUGGACAGAAGCAUGGAGCCUGGUAAACCCUUCACCCUUCCCUUCACCGUCAUGACCGACGCCACUGGAGGCAGCUACAAAAUCAGUGCCAGAAACGACCGAGACUUAGAAAUGAACGUCCCUAGCAGCAUCGCUGUGACCACCGGAGGAAACGCCACCGGUGAACUGACCAUCACGGUGCCCGCCAACACCCCCUCAGGAACAGACGUCACCGUGACCAUUGAGGCUGUGGCCCCCGGGGCGUCCGACUCCAACUACGCCGUCCUGCGCCUCUCUGUCGUCACCAAGGUGACAGAUUUCACCCCUCCCCAGUGUGAGGUUGUCAGUGUCUCAUCGGUCGACUGCCCAGCUGACCCAGCAUUCUGUAACUCUGCCUUCUGGCAGCUCUCUGCCAACCUGACAGACGGUGUCAAUGGCACAGGCAUCACCAGCCUCAAACACCGCCAGGGAGCAGGCAGCCUCACCCACACGGACCUGAAGCAGACGGUUGUUGCAGCAGCAUUCAACGCUUCGUGCUGCUCUCUGACAGUGGAGCUGGUGGCGGUGGACAAAGCCAUGAAUGUCGGCACCUGUCUAUACACCACCAAGGUGACAGAUGUCACCCCUCCCCAGUGUGAGGUGGUCAGCGUCUCGGUGGUCGACUGCCCAGCUGACCCAGCAGCCUGCAGCUCCGCCUUCUGGCAGCUCUCUGCCAACCUGACAGACGGCGUCAAUGGCACGGGCAUCACCAGAGUCACACACCUCCAGGGAGCAGGCAGCCUCACCCACACGGACCUGAAGCAGACGGUUGUUGCAGCAGCAUUCAACGCUUCGUGCUGCUCUCUGACAGUGGAGCUGGUGGCGGUGGACAAAGCCAUGAAUGUCGGUACCUGUUGGUUUUCCAUCGUCCGCAACGCGGGACCGCCCUCCAUCGCUCUGUCCCUCCCACUGUUGGUGUGUCUGCUGGUCUCUGCCUUCUUCACUACGUCCUUCACUGACUUACUUAUCUGAUUUUAACCUCAUGGACUGACUGACUGCCAACCUGAUACUACCUCUUAAACUUAAAGAAGAUACAUUUCUCAACCAACUUUCUAUUUUUGAUGUAAAUGGCAUGUUUAUAGAAGGGUUCAGAAUACCUGUUUUGUGAUUUCACCUGUUUUUGAGAACUUAUCCCAAAUAGCAAAUGACUUCCUCAUCCUCGUUGUGUAGUAUGAGGCUCUGAAAAAACAGGAACAAAAGCUCCAAAAACACCCAAAUACGUCCUUUUAGAAACGGCAAAGAUCUCAGUAUAGUGACGCAGGUCUUUAGAUGUUGUACACAUGAAAUUGUACCUUUCAGAACUUUAUCCGCAAUAUUAUAUUCCUUUUUUUUCGCCACUCGAGACGGUUCCCCUCCUAUAUCGGGCUUCUGACGAUCAACAGAGUUUUAUCCUUUCGACAGGAGCGGAUUUUGUCUUUCUUUAAACUUUCUUUAUUUCAUCAAACGAUUAUGAUUCUGUUUAAAUUUUUAUAUAAAUGAUGAUUGCCGAAUAAUGUUGAAGGUAUCACUUAACCAUAAAGCUCCCCUCUACAUGUGAUUCUAAAUGCCUACUGCUUGCUAAAGCUAUUUCUCAACUAUAAACACAAUGUUUCUUUGCAGGAUCCUUGUUCUGACUUUCCAGAAUCCCUGAAUUGCUUCGACCUUGAUUUUCUGAUUGGCUGGAUACAAGUUUCAACAUCCAAUUAUUUCAGAUCUACUAGAGUGCAAGUUUCACUGUGGCACCGUGGCGAUACGUUGGCACAUGAUGAUCAUUAUUAGAAUAUGACAAAUAUCAGUCAAGUCUUGCGUUGUAUUCAUGCUGGCUUUUGCCUGAGACGUGAAACAGAUCGGUUGGAGGGCAGACAGACGAUCACCAAUGUAUUAAUUGCCAAUUUGCCUAAAUGGUUAAUGGAAACACUUCAACCACAACGUUUUUAUUCAACCCUAUAGGUGUGAUGUCAUUACGUCCAUCUGUUUUUAUCGACACAAGACAGUUCAGUGGAAACGCGCCGUAGCAGGUCACUUUCUAAAUGUCUACAAAACAUCACCGGGCAAGUUCAUGGAAACAUAGCUAGUGAUGGCGCAAUUGGGCAUCAGGUUGCUGUAUGAUAUGAUAAGGAAAGCUAAUAUGUUUAUUAACACCUAUCCAGGUGUUGUUAGGUCUGGCAGGCAUCUGCAAAGUUUUCAUCUGGGAACGUACCCAAGGCCACCAUGAAAAUGAAUGUUUCUCGUGUAAAAAAGAGCCAGCAGCUUCUCUCAAGGCAAUUUCUCAACAUGUUACUUGCACUGUAGUAGUGAUGUUUUAAUGUUUGUCUCCAGUUUACCUCUCUGGCGUGAAUUAAAAGCUCUGCUGUCCUGCUGCA